CUUGAGUUGCUUAAAAAUAAAGAUUGGUAUACAAAGCAAAAACCAACAAGAAAUAAGCUGCAUAGCAUGGCCGGAGUAUCAACUGCACCAGCUACUUUUCCAAUGAGUCUAGACAAACCCGCAACGGUGGUGGUGAAGAGGCCCGCGAAAAAUGAAAGAGGACAUGGUGAAGAACAAGAAGAAGUGUUGGUGAUAGAAGGGAUAGAAGUCAAUAAAGAUGAGUUUGUGAAGUUUGAUGUGUUCAUCAAUGAUGAAGAUGAAGAAGUGGCGAGUGGCGCUGGACCUGAGAAAACCGAGUUCGCUGGUAGCUUCGUGAAUGUGCCACGUAAGAAGUGGGAAGAUGGCGGAGAUGGUAGUGGGAAGGUAAUAAAGACUAGGUUAAGAAUAGGUAUAAGUGAGUUGUUGGAGGAUUUGGGAGUUGAAGAUGAUGAUGAACAUGUGGUGGUUAAAUUGGUACCAAAGUGUGAUAAUGUUCAUGUUGUAAUAGGUGGUGUAAAAAUUGAGAUUGAGUGAUCAUUUAGUGAGUUGUAAUCUUAAUUAAUUUUAUGUCAUUUUUAUCAGUUUCAAUUAAAAUUUCGUAAUUUCUAUGACA